AUGGGCUCUCAUGUUACUGAGAAAAUUCCACUCAAUUUCGAAUGGCUACAAAAACCUUGGGUUGCUUUUGUACACACUGGACGAAAGCAUCGCAUCUACUUUAUGAACUCAAAAGAUGGAAGAUGUUUAUGGGCUGAAGAGUUUUUUGAUGAAGAAUUUGUGCCAACGCCGCUUUCAAAAAAAAGAUUCGUUGGAGAGUUUGCCGGGAACAACUUUCUCCCGGAACCAGAAAAUACUGUGGAUAACGCCGAACCUAUGGAUAUUUCUACUCCAGAUGAAAACUAUAAUUGCCAUUCCGAGGAGGAAACGAGCACGGAAGUUGCAACUGAUAUUUGCGAAAAGAAUUUCAUAGCUCUUGGAAUAUUUGACACCUCGUCUCUGCUAGAUAAUUUUGAUUCAAUUUCAGCUUUUCUUGAAAUGAGAGUUGCUUGCAUAAUUCCCUACAUAGUUCUUAGGGAACUUGAUGGCCUAACCAAGUCGACAAAUCAACUGAAGAAAAAAGCGAAGUUUGUCAAUUCAGAACUCAGUCGUUUAGCGUCCUCUUUCGAAGAAGGACUAUCGUUGGAAAGCUAUAUAGACUCAGAAGCAUCUCUAUAUAUCACAGCCUAUAAUGGAGAAAGUAUUAAGUUUACAGGGACAGUCAACGAUGAUAAAGUUCUGAAAACUGCGUUGAGUGUUCAUCAACGAGUAUCCCAAAGCGGAGGAGAGACGGAAAACAUUUUUCUCAUUACCGAAGAUAGGAACUUGACUUCAAAAGGUAUAUCCCAUGGACUAAAUGUUUACAGUGCUGAGAAUUUUGCUCAGCUGAUAAAAUUAAAUGUGGACACUCCUACUGAUGCAAUCAAGGAGAAAACUACUUCUACUUAUACUACUAGAAAUAAAAAAAAUGAGAAGGUUUCUGAAUGGGCAAACAUUCAGAGGACGUACGAUUUGAAUAGUGUUAAUGAUGCCAAAAGUCAUAGAAACCAAGCGAUGAGAGAUGGGCCAAAUGAUGGCGAAUUCAAAGAAAGGAAGUCAGAACGCCAUCAAUCUCUUUACAAUUUCACUAAUGAAAUUGAAAAGUUUUUGUUUCUUUUCAAAACUGCUGUAGAUGUGGCAGUCGAACUAAUAAAAUCUAGAGCUCCAAAUUCAGAGCUUCUAAAAGGCAUUCUUCGUAGGCUAUCACAGCUUUGUAAAAUAUUCAUCGAAAAUAACUAUGAACAUAUUACUUUCUCCGCAAUUAUGACCGUUAUAGAGAGCUUGUAUUGUGAUUGCGUGAAGCUUUUAAGCAGCAGUGAGAGGAUAAUCAGAAAGUUCAUACUGGCCGAAGUUUCCGAGGCAGGAAUUGAAAGUAAAGCCGUAGAAUCUAUUAGAUCUUUUUAUAUAUUUUUCGAUAGUUUAUUGCUCGAAUAA